AUGGCAACCCAGAACCCCAAGCUCGGCCUCGCUGGUGCGGAAAAGCGGAGAAAGAGAAAGGCCAGAGACGAGGACACGAGCGACGAACUUGGCGAUGACAGGACACAAGUGCCCAAGCGAGUGAGAACAGGAGGUAAGCCACUUGGCUCCCUUUUGCGGCCAUAUUUUUAUCGCUCCGUCGAUCCAGGCAGCGCGCGAUCAAUGAAAUUUGUGUGGACAAGUCAAAACAUGCAAUUGGCGUUGUGGUGUGACGGCUCCCACGAGACACGAGACAAUGGUGGCGGCUUUGCUGUCGUCCAUAAUCGCCUCAAAAAGGGAUCGCCCAAAGAGCAAGGACAUGUGGGGAGGGGAUGGCCGGCAACUCCCACACCCUCGAGCACAUUCACCGAAGCCCUCGCCCUCGCCCAA